AUGGCUAGCGCUCACAAAGGUCUUUCAGGUCUCGAGGCAGGAGAAACCAAUGAUGAAAAAACAAACAUUGAGAGGAAAACGGGAAAGAGUAGUAGGGAUGAAGAUGCAAAGAUAAGAUCGAAUAGCUUGUAUUCUAGGCUCUCGCAAUCAACGACGAUGGGAACAUUUGAAAAAGUUCAUGUAUGGCUGUCUAGACUUGAAACAACCGCAUUAGACUCUGCAUCAGACACACUUCUCGAGGACGCUAGCAUGAAUUCCAACUCUCAAAGACUCAAGCGACUGUCUCGGCAGUCAAGCAACGAAGAAUAUCGUCGAUUUCAGAGGUUAAUUCAAGAUCAAAAAUGGAGGGCCAAGCGACGGCGUGGUGAUUUGAAGCGCUGA